CAUAACAAUAAACGCUUUAAAUACGUCGAUCGGUAAAUCAACAUCCGGUUUUUAACACGAGGCACAAACGAAAACAUUACCACGAGGCCCAGUGAAGCUUUCAGCCGAGGGAAUAUUUUGUACAACAAUCAUGACUGAAGAAGUAAAUCCUAAAGCUUAUCCAUUAGCUGAUCCUAACUUGACACAGAAAAUAUUAGACUUGGUACAGAAGGCAGCCAGCUGUAAAGAAUUGAGGAAAGGAGCCAAUGAAGCCACAAAGACCUUAAACAGAGGAAUCUCAGAGUUUAUUGUGAUGGCUGCAGAUGCUGAACCUUUGGAGAUCUUGUUACAUCUGCCUUUACUGUGUGAAGACAAGAAUGUGCCAUAUGUGUUUAUCAGGUCCAAACAAGCAUUGGGAAGAGCCUGUGGAGUGUCAAGACCUGUAAUCUCCUGUUCAGUCACUGUCAAUGAGGGAUCUAACCUAAGACCACAGAUCCAGACCAUCCAACUGGCCAUUGAGAAACUUCUCAUUUAAAUAUGUCAUCUGAUGGACAGAAGGAAAAGUUAUUUCUUUAUGAUUAUGGACUAAUAAGUUCACCUAGAUAAGGAUGCUUACUUUUUUAUGAUUUUUAUCUUCUGGAUGUCCCAGAUAAGCAACUGAGUCAAUUUGUAUAAUUAUUCAAAUCAUGAUGUAAAUUAAAUAUAAAGAAAGUAAUAGAGUUAUCUCCCAUUGUUCAUAUCUGAUGUGAAACUACAGAGUUGUCACACCUUUUUGAUACUCAAAGAUCAACAAAUAUUUUUAGCUUUCUUGUUCAAACAUUUUAUCAAAUCUCAGAUGAAAGCAGUGUUAUUGUCAUUCAUUCGUAUCAUUUUCAUAUUUUAUCAUUUAUGGUGUACACUUUUUGUCAGUGUACAUUUUUGUUAUAGGAAACAUUGUUAAGGUUUUUUAAAAAUAAAAUGUCAUAAUCAUA